AUGAAGCUCCAGAUCUUGGCUAUUAGCUUUGCAGCUCUUUCCUCGGGUGUGUCUGCAGGUUGUGCCUACAACGAGUAUCACUGGAACUGUGAAUGGCAUGGCUCGUCACCAUCAUGUGGUGGAACAAGUCAUGAUCUUGGGUAUACCGACGCGGAUGGAUGGGAGUUAGUUAAGUGGUCGAAGGAUGCGGACAUCAAACACCUCAGGUCGUCAUUGGGUUAUUGCGCUGGUUCUUAUGGAAGUUCCUGUUGGUCUGGCUACAAACGACUGUGGUGCAAGUCAAACGUUCAAACGGAUUACAGUGGACAGUACUACGACGAACCUAUGUGA